GAUGAAGAAGAAAGACAGAAGUAGGCGUUAAGACUGACGUGCCUGCCAGAUAACAAUAGUGAAGACGUGUUCCUCACUCACACUCACCAAAAGUUCUCUCAACAUCCACCAAGAUGGGAAUCCGAAAAAAGAACAACAAGAACCCACCGGUGCUCAGCCACGAGUUUGUGAUCCAGAACCAUGCGGAUAUUGUGUCUUGUGUUGCUAUGGUGUUUCUGCUGGGUCUGAUGUUUGAGAUUACAUCAAAGGUAGCGGUUUUGUUCAUAACUGUGCAAUACAAUGUCACAAUUCCAGCAAAUGGUGGUCCAGAGGAAACGGCAGUGAAUUACUUCCAUUACGGCCUGAAAGAUGUGGCCACCGUCUUCUUCUACAUGUUAGUGGCUAUUAUCAUGCACGCCAUUAUUCAGGAAUAUGUACUGGAUAAAAUCAACAGGAAGAUGCACUUCUCCAAAACCAAGCACAGCAAGUUCAAUGAGUCAGGGCAGCUUAGUGCAUUCUACCUCUUCUCCUGCCUGUGGGGAGCCAGCAUUCUUGUCUCUGAGAACCUCCUGUCCAACCCUGUCAGCCUGUGGGACGGCUACCCACACACUCUUAUGCCCUUCCAGAUGAAGUUCUACUACAUCUGUCAGCUCGGCUACUGGCUUCAUGCAAUCCCCGAGCUCUACUUCCAGAAGGCCAAGAAAGAAGACAUUCCUCGUCAGCUUGUUUAUAUAAGUCUGUACUUGGUCCAAAUUGCAGGAGCCUACAUUCUGAAUCUGAACCGGUUGGGCCUGGUGUUGCUGGUUCUGCAUUACUUUGUUGAGCUCAUCUUCCAUGUAUCCAGACUCAUUUACUUCAGCAAUGAGGACAGGCAGACCGGGUUUACAGUGUGGGCAGUUCUGUUUGUGCUGGGCCGCUUGUUGACUCUUUCCCUGUCUGUUCUUACUGUGGGCUUUGGGCUGGCCGGAGCAGAGAAACAGGGUCUGAACCUCGCUGAAGGAAGCUUUAAUGUCCUGUUUGUUCGGGUGACUGUCCUGGCUGCAAUAUGCACCACUCAGGCUUUUAUGAUGUGGAAAUUUAUCAACUUCCAGCUGCGACGAUGGAGAGAACAUGCACAGACUCAGACCUUAAAAAAGAAACCGUCGUCUUCUAAGAGCAAAUCAAAGAAAGCCAAUGGUGUGAACGGAUCUGUUGGUGCCAGCGGAGCAGAUUCCCCCAGAGCGAGGAAGGAGAAGUCGUCAUAAACCACCCACAUUCCCAACUUCUGUACUGGCUGAAAUCAGCCUGAUCAUUCCUCUCCCUCCUCUCCAUCCCACAGUUUGUCUGUUGCCCCUUUUCCCUUCUUGUUUAUCUGAAAUAUGGCAACUUCCUCAUCCUGCUCCUUGAUCCUGUAGGAUGUUGAAUGCUGUAUUUCACAAAGCCAUCAAACUAUUGUCUCUUUGCAAGAAGGGCUUAAGGAAAAAAUGUGGCAUUGGGGGGGGGUUUGGAGGGGGUAUUUUUAUUCCUCCUACAUUUGUUUCCUUUUUCUGAAGGUCUGUACGCUCUUUGCUUUAUUUGCUUAAUCCAAAACUAUGAUCCAGCCAUACCUACAAUGAAAACAUGAAAGAUGUGGGGAAAAAGUAACUUAUUUUUACAAGUGCCUAACCAUACAUCAUUUUGACCGAUCAGAGAGGGAUAAUCCAGUAUUUUAACUUGAGUUUGAAAUCAGGGUUGUAUUUAAAGUUCUCUGAAGGCUCACAGUUUUUUCUGAUUCUCUCCUAUGCAUUUGGAACCACGUCUAAUGUCUUUUCAUUUGUGUUGUUGUAUAAAAGCAUUGUCAUUUUUUUUGUUCAUUAGAAUAGAUCACAAGCAAACACAUUCAUUUGAUGCCUUUUUUAAUACAAAUAUGAUUUCUAUUUGUUGCACUGCACUGUGUAAUUGGUCAAGCUAAGCGAAUAGUUUAAAGCUUCACAAAGUUUGUUUAUUUAGCAAAGGAACAUGUUCCAGUAAUGUGCUUUUUGAUUCUACCUUUUAAUCUUGAACUUUGUACAGCUGACUUUGCUGUUUGUUGUAGAUGACACAUGAAAAUGUCAAAUCACAAGUGUCAUUCCAGUGCGAUUGUGGUCAGAAUCUAAGGAAAAGUUCUCAGACAUAAUUUUCAUAGCAGAUAGUUUCAGUUUAAGAACAAUACACUGAGAAUGAAGUUAGGAACAAACAUUGUUAUCUCACAUUUCUUAUACCCAAGUACAACCAAUUAGAAAGCAAACCAGUGAAUACACAAAUAAAAAAAAUGUUGUUUUCACGGUUA